AUGGAAGCUAAUGAUGUAUCAAAUUCCCCUUCUGUUCGAGUUCCUUACGUUUGGAACUCGAACACGACUUCGUUGCCUAUAAAGGGUAGCCAAGGGGAGCAAGACUUUGUGGGUUCCCCAGGGGCUAGAUUAUGGCAAUAUGCUGUGAAGAAGGUUCUUAAAGAUGUUGAUAAGCUUGACCCUUGGAGAGAUUUUGACCUAAAAUCAACUCCAACUCAAGCAGCUGUACGUCAUCGCUAUAGUGCCCUUAAAAAGAAAUGGAUCAAAGACAACAUUUUGAUCAAAUUGGAAGAUAAACCAUUCGACCGUGGAGCAAUGCGGGAAUGUUAUAGAUUAAAGAAGGCUCCCAGUAAUGGUGAUUGGAGCGCGGCUUCAAAUUAUGUCGCUAAGCGGUUUAUCUCCCCCGUUAGUAGUUCCGUAUAUAUGGAUGACGUUCGCCUUCAAAUGGAAGCAAAAUUAUGGGCUGAAGCCUUCAACAAACAGGAUCCGCCUAAAAAGGUCGAUGUCUUUCAAAUGUCGGUCAUUGAAAUUUUAAACGACGCUCCCGAUAGUCCCCCUGAUUCCAAACGCCGUGGAUCCAUCACAUUGAUAAAUAGUCCCUCACCGGAAUCCAAAAAUUCUUCUUCACUUUUCUAUCACAUCGAGCGCUAUAUGGAUGGUGAAUAUCGAAAAUAUAACUCGAACUCUGGUUACGUCGAUGGUAAACCUCGCAAUACUCCACAGGCCUUCAGUCACUUUACUUUCGAACACUCCGGCCACAGACUAUUAGUGGUGGACAUUCAAGGAGUUGGUGAUCUUUACACUGAUCCUCAGAUUCAUACUUUCGAUGGCCUGGGUUACAAUGAUGGUAAUCUUGGGCUCAGAGGCAUGGCACUUUUCUUCCAUUCCCAUCGUUGUAAUCCUCUCUGCGAAGCCCUACAAUUGAAGCCCUUUGAUCUUUCUGAAAAUGAGGUCAAAGAACUCUAUGAUGGGGAGGUGAUCUAUGAGGAAAAUCGAUUCGAUGGUGAGGAGGAGGAUGAGGAGAUUUUUGAAGCUUCUGAUAUCCUUCCGCAACUGAAGGCCAACGAUCAUUCACUAGCUUCUUCCCUGACUGACAGCGAAAACGUAAUACCUCUUCCACAUCGAAAACGAUCUCUCUCUUUCGGCAUGAUGCCUCUGUCCUUUUCCCAGGGCCCUCUCUCUACCUGCUAUCGUUCCAGUGCUAAACACCUGUAUGGCCCCACUGUAUCUAAAGAGGAGGAAUUCCGCAUUGUUCCGCGUCGAUUUCGAACUUUUAGUGGUACUGGGGGUUGUGGUACAACCUCUUCAAGUGGUGCCAAGGCUCUAGUGAGUCCCAGUAGACGUCUGUCUAGUAGCACAGAAGGCGUGGACAGCGACUUCCCUGGUCUUCCAGACUCUGCCAACGACUGGGACUCGGGAUUUAGCUUUGAUGACGAGGUAUCCGGUCCCUCUGUUCCAUCACGCCCACUACAGCCACGUAGAAGGCGUCCACGCACAUUCAGCGAGUCCUCAGAUGUUGACAACGAUGUUGGAUCAUCGCUUUUCCAUCAAAGCAUUCAUGAAACCCAUAAACCAUCCUCUGCGACUCAUCCCUCAAAUUUAGAUCAGGAGAUUGGCCAAUCUAUCCUGGGACAGCUGCACCAUGAAUUGGCUAGUAUGCAUGAAGGUGGAAGGUUCACAGAGAGGACAUAUGGCGGAUGGUCUAAUAAUGGACUUGGUGGUUUAUCUGUAGAUGGCGAUGAUGAAAACCGCAAUACCGAUUCACCCAACUCUAUUGAUUGGGAAUCUGUAUUAUUCCAUGAACGGAUUGCGGCCCAACUUGGGUGUCUGGAAGCACUCAUUACCAUGGCUAACUACUAUCUAGGUCUUCCUACCUCUCUUCUGUCCGAUUGCCCCAUCAAAGCAACAGAUGAAAAUCUUAAUAUGGGUGUAGAAUACCUUUGGAGGUGCUCAAUUGGAGGAGAUAGGAGAUGUAUGAUCCUGCUUGCCCGUUAUAUGGAUGCCUCAGUGAUAUUCGGUGGUACUGACUCAAAUAAUCCUCCAGAGUUCGACCGGAUAACUAUUCGUGAAGCGUUGAAUCUUAGGUCAACCCCCGUGGAUGAUUUUUUGAUGUUAAUUUCAUCUCAUCAUGGAUUUCCUCUGCCUAAGGACUACGCAAAUCAGCCAUGGGAUGAGGCAGUGAAGUGGUAUCGCAAGGCGAUUGAGAAUGCUGGUAUUGCAGUCCCGGGAGGAGGGUCUGGUGAUGCCGAUGAAGGAUGUCAUGCGGAGGGUCGUUACGAUUCGGCCGAAGACUUGUCGCCGAUUCAUAGAUUACUGGCGCGUAUGGCGGAGAUGUAUGAAGUUGGAGGUCAUGGACUCAAAGCUAAUCUUAAUAUAGCUGGCGAUCUCUAUAAUGAGGCAGCAGAAUCUGCAAUCAAGGAGGCUAAUGGUCGCCUUGCAGAGAAGUAUUAUGAAUUGGCGGAAGAGGCAUACGCCAAAGCGGAAGAAAGCGACGGUUGA